CAGCUGUUGGCCUUUCAGCUGGUGCGUGUGGCAUGCCUUCUGGCAUGAUCAAUGACCUACCCAUCUAGGACCAACGACACUCUUUGACCCGACUGUCCUCGUCCACCUGGCCAGCGUCAUUGCGGGCCCCGACGUGAUCAUGUCCUCGUUGACGGAUCAACAGGCCACGUACUACGUGGACCCGGACACGGGUCACCUGAUGAUGCCGGGCACCCGGCGUCCCGAUGGGACGUGGCGCAAGCCGCGGCGCAUCAAGGAAGGCUACGUGCCGCAAGAUGAAGUCCCGCUCUACGAAAGCAAGGGCAAGCAAUGGGCCAAAGCUAAGGACAUCCCCGGUCUCAGCCAGGACAUCCUUAAGAUGAAGAUCGACACGUUCGAUUCGCGCAAGCUCCAACCCGCCGCCCACAUCCCCGGUCUCAACCCCGAGCACGUGGUCAAUCCCGACCUGCUCAACGUCAAGUCCAAGAAUAGCAAGAAGAAGAAGAACAAGGCGGCUGUCCAUGAGGCUGCCGAGCACAACGGCGGGGCGGCAAGUCCCCCGCCGUCGGCUGUGACCCCGCCCGCCGUGAGCGAGGCCUCGGAUUCGGGCGGAGGCGGCGCGUCCACGGACCCGGCCAAAAAGCUGCGGAACCUGAAGAAGAAGCUCCGCGAUAUUGAGGCCUUGGUCAAGAAACUGGACGAGGGCCUCAUCACUCAACCCGAGCCUGAGCAGUUGGAGAAGGUGGGACGGAAAGAGGCGGUGGAAAGCGAGAUUGCCACUCUGGAGGCCCUUUUAGGAUCCUAAUGGGGUGGAGGCGGUCGCUCUCUCUCCGCCCAAGUCCAAUUUGUCACACAGUCCCCGCUGCUCCCUCUCCUCCGCCUCCUCCACCUCCUCCAUCUCUGCCUCCUCGUCUCAGUGAUGGAUGAUUGAAGAAUGACCGAUCGCUUCAACUUGACCACGUGGUGUGAAUCAUGUGUACCUUUUGUGUUAUUAUCAUAUGCCAAGCUAAGAAUAGACCCGCCGGCCGUUCUUAUACAAAUAAUAAAAUGGAUCAUCAUUUAGUCUCAUCAUGGUCUCUCAUUGAUUGAUGGUCCAAUUCUCUUGUUCUAGA